AUCAUUCACUCUCUUUCUGGCAGCUGUCAGAGCUCUCAGCUGACUGGCUCCUCUGUUAUCGUGCCCUGACCUGAGCUGUUAUUUUUACCACUGACUGUAGAAGGCACUUGCACCCUGUGUCUCUGUGUCUCUGGGUCUGCAGUGAAUCCGCUGUUUCCACUGCAGAUCAGACAUCCAGCUUUAGGCUUUUAGCUUUAUGUUAAGCUGGACUUUGAGCACUGACGGUCCAGAGGCAAGGGGCGUUCUUCCAAGAACAGUAUGUGGGGCAUUUGCAGCAGAACUAUGGUGAAGGUGGGGAUGGCGAAACCCUGUGGCUUGGUGAAACCAUGUCACUUGGUGAAACCCGUGUCGGUGACCAGGGUCUCCGGCAGAUACCUGACCCAUCAGAAGGGUCUGCCCGCGCUGCCGAUUCCCCCUCUGCAGCAGACCUGCGAGCGCUACAUCUCCGCACUGGAGCCCAUUGUGGAGGUGGACGAGCUGAAGAACACCAAAGAGCUGCUGGACGAGUUCCAGAAAGCCGGAGGAGUCGGAGAGAGGCUGCAGAGAGGGCUGGAGAAGAGGGCGAGCGGCACCGACAACUGGUUGUCACAGUGGUGGGUGCAGGUCGCUUACCUCACGUACCGCCUCCCUGUGGUGGUUCACUCGAGUCCUGGGUUGGUCCUGCCUCGCAUGAACUUCAGGGACAAGCAGGGACAGAUCAGGUUCGCUGCCAAACUGAUAGCGGGUGUUUUGGACUUUAAGACGAUGAUUGACAAUGAAACUCUUCCAGUUGAAUAUCUCGGUGGGAAGCCUCUCUGCAUGAAUCAGUACUAUGAACUCCUGUCAUCCUGCCGCAUCCCCGGUCUGAAGCAGGACUCUGUGGUGAACCACGCCAAGAGUCCCAGACCUCCGAAACACAUCACCGUGGUGCACAACUUCCAGUUCUUCGUGCUGGACGUGUACAACAGUGACGGGACUCCUCUGACGUCCAAUCAGCUCUGUGUUCAGCUGGAGAGGAUCUGCAGCUCCUCUCUGCAGACCAACAUGGAGCCCAUCGGCAUCCUCACCACGCAGCAUCGAGACCAGUGGGGCAAAGCUUACCUCAACCUCAUCAAAGAUAAGACCAACAAGCGGUCGGUGUCGGCCAUCCAGAGGAGCAUCUUCACGCUGUGUUUGGACGGAGCGAUGCCUCGAGGAUCUGAAGAGAUGCGCAGGAGCACCGCCGCCGUCCAGAUGCUGCACGGAGGAGGAAGCCAGUGGAACAGCGGCAACCGCUGGUUUGACAAGACGCUUCAGUUUAUCGUCGGAGAGGAAGGGAUGUGUGGUGCGAUCUACGAGCACGCUCCAGCCGAGGGUCCCCCCAUCGUGGCCUUGAUCGACCACGUUGUAGAUUACACGGGGAAGCCAGAAACGACUCGCUGUCCCAUGGUGCCUCUGCCCAUGCCCCAGAAACUUCCCUUCAACAUGACACCAGAGAUCAAGAAGGACAUCGAGGAAGCCAAACAUGACAUGAACAUCCUGGCAGAGGAUCUGGACAUGAGGGUCACCGUGUUCGGACACUUUGGGAAAAAUGUGCCAAAGUCCCACAAGAUGAGUCCGGAUGCGUUCAUACAGAUCGCUCUGCAGCUGGCGUACUACAGGAUGCAUCAGCGCUGCUGUGCCACGUAUGAAAGUGCCUCCCUGCGUAUGUUCAGACUGGGUCGAACAGACACGAUCAGAUCCGCCUCCAACGCCUCAGCUGCCUUCGUAAAAGCCUUCGAUGACCUCAACAAACAGAACACAGAGAAAGUUGAUCUGAUGGGGAAAGCUGUGGCAGCACACAGAUCGUACACCAACAUGGCGAUCAGCGGUCAGGCCAUAGACAGACACCUGCUGGGUCUGAAGCUGCAGGCUGUGGAGGAAAACGUCUCCAUGCCUAAAGUCUUCACUGACCCAGCCUACGCCAAAGCCUUACAUUACUGUCUGUCUACGAGUCAGGUCCCGUCCAAGGCCGACUGCGUCAUGUGUUUCGGCCCCGUCGUGUCGAACGGAUACGGCGUUUGCUAUAACCCCAUGGAGAAUCACAUCAACUUUGCCGUGUCGUCUUUUAACGCCUGCGAAGAAACGAAUGCCGCUCGGAUGGCUCAGGCCGUGGAGAGCGCUCUGCUGGACAUGAGGACUCUGCUGGAGCAAACACCAAGAGCGAAACUGUGAAACUCCUGCAGACGAGUCUGAAUGGACAAAAAAAACAGGGUGCAUUUUUUUUUCAGUACGUGAGACGGGGAGAUGUUUGUGAAACUUUUUUAUGGAGAUAAAUCACGAAUCACGGCGUACACGCUUCCAAGCCGGGCAGGCUAUUUAUUACACCUGUUAAAGUAACACUUAGAGGAUAUUUAAGGGGUUUGGGAGCUGAAACUUAACGACGGCAUUAAAGAUUAUUUGACCUUUUUGGUCAUUUAUUGUUCUGAUAAUUCCUUGUGCCUUAUUGUGUCCUCUUUAGGACACACUGGAAGUAUUAUUAACUCAUCAUGUUUAAAUGCAGUGUGUUUAACCACCUUUAGUUUCUCUCUGAGGUGUUCAGGUAGCUUAUAUGUUUUAUUUUUAAUAAUUCUGCAAAAGCCCCUCGUGUGAUCACACCCUGACGUUUUUGAAAACUGGACUCCUCUCCUGAUGUCGUCUGCAGGCUCCAGUUGGUGGUCUCGCAGGUACUCUGUCUCCACCUCACGCUGUUGAUGGUUAACUUUCUGCACUUUAUUUGAUUGUCACUGCUCCCUCUGUGGUACAAAGAACACAAACUUUACACUUUUGUUUGGGCUCUAGAAUCAUCUUCGUUGUUAUUGUUUUACUGCAAAUCACACACUGAGAUCAAGAAGUGUUGUUGCCAAAAACUGCUUUUGUCUUGAGGUUGAAUGAGGAACACGUUAUGUGAGCCCGUCUGCAGGCGUUGAUAGUCUAGUUUCUGUUCUGGUUUCUCAUCAAAUGGGCCGAGCUGACUGAGAUCCCUUGUUGAACCUUCAAUUGACAAGUCCCUCAUACAACCACCCCCUAAAGGCUGAUUUAUACUUCUGCUUCGUCCCUACGCAGCAGUGGCUGUCGUGAACAUGACCACCUCAUACUUGUGCGUCGAUGUGUCCGUGACGCGCAGAAAUUCUCUGCCGAAAUGCUUGAGGGCAGUGUGGUCUCUCUGAUAGCCGGUCGCCUGCUCCCCCCCCCCACUACGAUCUCUGUUUACUUUUUCACAGUGAUUCAGAGCGUGUUAUGUUAAUCUACAGCUGAUAUAUGUUGCUGUUUAUCAUACAGACAUGAUUACAUGAAGAAUAGAGAUGGAGGAGAUGAAAUACAAGGAUGAUGUGCGGCCAAUGAGCGGGGAUCACGGAAGGGCUAUAAAUGCGGGAAAUACAUUACCGCCAAGCCGACCAGUCACAGGGAUCUUUGUAGAUUUGACUGGUAGUUACAUUUUGGAGGAGGUGCACGUCAGCUACGUGUGUAGACCUCUGCGUGCUACACGGACCUCCAGCAUAGGCUACGCCGUCGAUUCUACGCAGAACUAUAAAUCAGCCUUAAAGUGAACUAUCCCUUUAAAUUAACGCUGUUUAUUGGCAUCAUUAUACCAGAGGUUAGAUCCAGUAUAUCAUCUUACUGCAAGACAGAAGAAAAAAUGCAAUUUAAUGGUCUAAUUUUAGAAAUACAGGAGAAUUUAACAUAGUUUACAGUUUACCAACGUGUAGGUGUUCUCGUGUAUCUAUUUCCAACAUUAAUGUGCACAUACUCAUAAUAAUCAAGACUAUCGGAUGAGUAAACUUAACCUCCGACUUUGUCAUUCAGUUGAAAACAAGCUAACUAAGAUGCAGCAUGUCAGUCCUUGCGCUCUGAUUGGUUAAAGGUCCUGUGAGAAGUUUUUAUCUUUGUAUGAAACAGACUGAAGUCAACUCUGAUGUCUCUUUAUGACCUUUAAAAGCAAACAGAAAAGUCAGCAUAUAGAUUAAUUAUUUAUAUUGGGUUAUUUUUCUCACAGGAGCUUUUAGUUAGAAAUGGAUAUUAUAAAUCAUGCAUUAGCAAUCAUAUGAGACUUCUUCAGAACUCUGAGUUGCAGAUCGAUUAAAUGCAGUUACAUAAACAUGUUAUUGUCUGCCGCUUGUAUUUAUUUUCUAUUUUCUUUAAGAAGUCUCAUCUGCUUAGACGCCGCUUUAGCCUCUUCAUCUCACACUGAGUUUGUCCUGUGCACAUAUUAUGACACUGACAUGUUGUGCAUUAAUCCAUAAGCUUUACUUAGUCAGUUUAUUAAUUUAUGCUCUGAAUUAGCCAUAAAAACUAAACCUUUAAAACCACUGGGAGUCCCAAGAGUCCAAAUUAAACCUUGAAAACAGGAUGGUUUUAACGUAAUCAGUUAAAAGUUGCCAUGUUUGAUAAGUUGUUAAGCACUGACUUUUGAUUUUUUCUGAAUGUAAAGUGUUUUAAAACAUUUCUAAGAUGAUAAAUCACAGACUCCUCUUCAUGCAGAGAUAUCAGACUUGAAUGAUCUACUUUUUUUUGCCAGUGAGCAUUGCAGCAGAAGGAUUAAUAAAAGAGAUGUCCUGAUUUGAAAUGUACAGAUUAAAGAGAUGACAGUGGGAGGAUUGUCUUGAAGGAAAUUUCAUCAUAACAGGGAGAAUGUGUUUGUCUGUUAUACAAAUUGUGGAACACUUCCUCCAAAAUAAAAUGCUGAACUUUCUAAAA